CACAUGUACAGCUUCCUCGUGAAUCGCCAUUUUGUUCGUGGGAGUUUGUGAGUAAGCUUCUUUUUUUCGUUCACGAAAUUUUAAGUGACGAAAAAUGUCUCGUGGCGGCACACGAGUUUACUUCGGAAGGCUUCCUAGAGAUACAAGGGAGAGAGAUCUAGAACGAUUUGUCCGCGGAUUUGGCAGAGUGCGCGAAGUUAGCAUCAAACUUGGAUAUGGUUUUGUGGAAUUCGAAGAUCCAAGAGACGCUGAUGACUGUGUUUAUGACUUAAAUGGAAGAGAACUUUUAGGGGAAAGAGUUGUUGUUGAACAUGCAAGAAAUCCAUCCAGAACCAUGGACUACGGUUACCGAAGCCAACCCAGCAGCAGUAGAACUCAGAGAAGAGGCCGCACACCCCCACUGAGAACAGAGCACAGGCUUGCUGUGGAAAAUCUCUCUUCACGGAUUAACUGGCAGGAUUUGAAGGAGUAUAUUUCGAAAGCAGGAGAAGUCACAUUUGCAGAUGCUCACAAGAGAAGGCAGGGAGAAGGAGUUGUGGAGUUCGCUAGCAAGGAAGACAUGAAGGCAGCUUUGAAAAAACUUGAUGAUACAGAAUUGAAUGGCAAGCGUAUCCGUCUCAAAAUAGAAAAGGUCAGAACGUCACGACGAUCACGCAGCCGCAGUCGAUCUCGCUCUCCAAAACGAAAAAAGAGAAGUCAUUCACGUUCACGCAGCCACUCCAAGUCACGUUCCAAAUCUCCAAAGAAGCGCCACCAUUCCUCAUCUCGUUCACGGUCACGCUCCAAGUCACGCAAGUCUAAAUCACGCUCACAGUCCAAAGAAAAAGAGCGAUCAAGAUCAAAGUCUGCUGAGGAAGAGGACAAGGAAUCUCCUGCAAAGAGUCCAGAAAAGGAAGAACAGGAGGAGGAAGNUGAAGGAGAUGCUGAAGCUGAUGGUGAGGAGAAGGAAGACAGUCCAGAGGCAGUUAAUGGGGAUGAAGAAAACGGUGAUGCUGAACAAGAAUUGGAGGUGGAGGAUGAAGUUGAAGAGGACUAAAUGACAUUUUUCUUCUUAUAACAAUAACAUUUAAGCCUGCAGUUUUAUGUAGAAAGAAAGGCAGUUUGGUCCCCAUUUGCAUAAUAUUUUACAUGUGAAAUGUUUUUGACUAUAAUUAGUGCUAACAUUGACACAGUUGAAUGACACAGUUGAAUGUUUGCAGCGUGUUUAUAGAAAGUAUCCAUGUACUAGAGAACUGUCUUUUUAUCAAGUGAACUUUCUUCAAAAUAUUGUAUUAUCUGUUGUACAAUGUGCAUGUAUGUGAAAUGCUUUUUUUUCGGUAAUAGAAACCACUAGUGACAUAUUCUUUUGUGAUUUCAAGAGCCACAAAUUUGUAGUGUGUGAAAAUAAGUGUGAUUAAUAACCAUUGAGUAAUAUGCCAUAAGAGUGAGGAGUUCCGAUCUUCUCGGUUUAUUUGGAGCUUUUUCAUAAUGCUUACUUUCAGCCCUUUCCACACAACCUGUUUAACAGGAUCCAAAGCUUGCUCCCCUGUGUCUUACAUAACCAUGUUUGUAAAUAUCUUAAUGUUGUAUGGCUGUUUCCCCAUUUCUAUCUUUCUUCCACUGUUGUUGUUGAAUUCUUUAGCUUUUCAUUAGGAUUUCACCGUAACUCACAACAAACUUGCCAAAUGAAGUUUCCCAGAGGUCCCUACAUCAACUUUAUUGAUGACUAUGUAAAAAUGUAGCUUAGUGAUAGGUCUCCCAAGUAUCUGCUCAUCUGUGAAACAUCACACCCAACACAAGGUAGAUUACAGGGUAUAGAUGAAUGGAAUUUAUGCACAUUUGUAUUCAGGAUUAUUUAGUUUUGAAUGUUUUACUUUUCAUUUGUACAUCAAUAUUGUAACAGUGAUGUCAAAAUUUGUAGAGCUCCCAUAUUCCCUUGGAAUUAAAGAGAUGUUCUUAUA